AUGAGUUUGACAAAUCGUAGUUGCCGUCAAACGACAUUAUUCCGAUUGACGAAAUGAUCAACGACAAAAGUGCUGAAAAAGCUGAAAGUCCUGGAAAUUCCGAAUUUUCCGACGAGGAUGAGCCAAAGGACAAAUUUUGCUUAGUUGUAAUUACGCUAUUCGUCUUAGGAAUAGUCACCGCCUUGCCAGGACUGUUUAUAGCCAACGCAAAUGAGUAUUGGAUGUACAAACUUCGAAACACCGCACUGGAGAAGGACAUCCCUAGCAACCGCACGUUUAUACAGAAGAACUUCGGAACCUUCCAGUCGUUUGCCGUUAUAGGUCCGUUGAUGAUCAUGUUUUUAUUCACCACAUUUGCCGGACACAAAAUUAAAUCGCAAACGAAAGCUUUCAUCUUCUUGGGGCCCAUUACGCUGACGUUUAUGGCCCACGCCAUAGUGGUCCAUCUAAACACGGACAAUUGGCAGCUGGCAUUUUUUUUGUUCACAUUCGUCUCGUUGAUCAUUAUCAGCGUCACUACUGGAUUUGGGGCCCUCGGCUGCUUAACUUUGGUCUCCUCCUUUCCCAUCAAUUACACUAAGUGCUUUUUGGUCGGACAGGGCUUUUCUGGAAUAUUCACUUCUGUGAUUCGCAUAAUUUCUAUCGCGUCUUCGCCAUCUACGCUGGAUUCUGCUUUCAUAUAUUUCGUCACCGGAACCAUCAUCAUGGGCGUGGCCACCGUAUUAUACUCUCUGACCACCAUAACCCCUUUUUACAAGCACUACGCGAAUCAGACCAAGCACGAAUCGAAGAAAAAGAUCAAUUCCAUCCCGGAAAUUUCGCAGAUGAUAGUGGUCAUUUGGAGAAUUCUCCUUUUAACUUUAAUAAUGCCACUGUUUCCUCUGGGAUCGGUCGCCAAUUUAGUGGUUUCGGAGUAUAAAGAUACCGGAAGCACAUGGGGCGACAGGUAUUUUGUGACGAUAGCAACGUAUCUGACGCAAGCGGUAUGCGAUAUUAUCGGUAAAACGCUCGCAACUCUCAUUGACAAGGAUUUCUCUUGGUGGUUUCUGUACGCUGCGACCUUCUUCAAAACAUUUGUUCUUGGGCUUUUCAUAUUUUUUUCAAACGCCAGUCCCAGGAAGCAUACCGAUGUGAUUUUCAACCACGAUUGGGAAUACAUUUUGAUCAUGUGUAUUUUUUCUAUAUGUGGCUCUUAUCUGGACAACGUAAUUUUGUUGAAACUAAUAAGAAUGGUGCCCAAGAAUAAACUGGAAUUGGCUAUUUCGGUGCAUAUGUUCUUCACGGCUAUAAUAGAUGCAAUAACGGCACCACUGGGACUCGUAGUAGUUGAAUUGCUUUGAUUACAGGCUUUUUGCUACAUCAGCAAAAUGUUAUAUUUAUACUUAUGUAAGUUCCUUGUAAAAAUAUUACAGUUGCGUUGUUGCAAUUCGAAUUGUAAUUUUAAAUAAAUUUAUUUGUUAAGUUGAAACUUUGUUUUCGUUAUUAGGUCCUAAAUGAAUAUGCAAACGUUUACUAAUACUUAAAUAUUUCUAAGGGU